AUGCCCGACUCGCCGGCCGACGUGAAGACACAGCCCAGGUCCACGCCGCCCAGCAUGCCUCCGCCGCCGCCCGCUGUCACGCAGGGAGCCACUCGUCACCCCUCCUUCACACCGAGCACCAAUCGAGACGCUGGCCCUCCGACGUUUCUGCCCCGCGGCCGUUUUCAUGGUUGCUUGAAAUGGUCGAUGGUCUGUCUUUUGAUGAACGGGAGCAGCCACUCACCAACUGCCAUCAAUGGAGCCCCAUCCACCCCCAAUGGGUUCAGCAAUGGGCCAGCCACCUCCUCCACCGCUUCCCUGUCCACCCACCAGCUGCCCCCAGCCUGUGGUGCCCGCCAGCUCUCCAAGCUGAAGCGUUUCCUCACCACACUGCAGCAGUUUGGCAACGACAUCUCCCCUGAGAUCGGGGAGCGGGUGCGGACCCUCGUCCUGGGCCUCGUGAACUCUACGCUCACCAUCGAGGAGUUCCAUGCCAAGCUUCAGGAGGCCACCAACUUCCCACUGCGACCCUUCGUCAUCCCCUUCCUCAAGGCCAACCUGCCCCUGCUGCAGCGGGAGCUGCUGCACUGCGCCCGCAUGGCCAAGCAGACCCCAGCCCAGUACCUGGCCCAGCACGAGCAGCUGCUGCUGGACGCCAACGCCUCCUCCCCCAUCGACUCCUCCGAGCUGCUCCUGGAGGUGGGUGAGAGCGGCAAGAGGAGGACACCAGACAGGACCAAAGAGAACGGUUUGGACCGAGACCCUCUGCACCCUGAGCACCUCAGCAAGCGGCCGUGCACCAUGAGCCCAGCUCAACGCUACAGCCCCAGCAAUGGGCUGAGCCACACUCCCAGUAACGGGCUGGGGCACCCCCCCAAUGCCCCCCCUUUGCCCCAGCACUACCGGCUGGAGGACAUGGCCAUGGCACACCACUACCGUGACACCUACCGGCACCCCGACCCCCGGGAGCUCCGUGAGCGCCAGCGGCCAGCUGCAGUGCACGGGACACGGCAGGAGGAGGUGAUUGACCACCGGCUCACCGACCGGGAGUGGGCAGAGGAGUGGAAACACCUCAACAAUCUGCUGAACUGCAUCAUGGACAUGGUGGAGAAGACGCGGCGGUCGCUGACGGUGCUGCGGCGGUGCCAGGAGGCCGACCGCGAGGAGCUCAACCACUGGAUCCGGCGCUACAGCGACGCCGAGGACAUGAAAAAAGGCAGCCCCCCCUCGGCCCGCCCCCACAACAGCUCCUCCACCUCCGAGGCUCCCCAGUUAGAUGCUCACCGGGAGUUCACACCGCGGCCCCUCUCUGGGUACAUGCCAGAGGAGAUCUGGAGGAAGGCUGAAGAAGCUGUGAACGAGGUGAAGCGCCAGGCCAUGUCUGAGCUGCAGAAGGCCGUGUCGGACGCCGAGCGCAAAGCCCAUGAGCUGAUCACCACGGAGAGAGCCAAGAUGGAGAGAGCCCUGGCUGAGGCCAAGCGCCAGGCUUCCGAGGAUGCCCUCACCGUCAUCAAUCAGCAGGAGGACUCCAGCGAGAGCUGCUGGAACUGCGGACGCAAAGCGAGCGAGACCUGCAGCGGCUGCAACACUGCUCGCUACUGCGGCUCCUUCUGCCAGCACAAGGAUUGGGAGAAGCACCACCACGUCUGCGGGCAGACUCUGCAGGGGCUGCCGGCCCCCACCGCCCCCACUGCUGGUGUUGGGCUACCGCCAGGUCCGUGCCAGCCCGACGGCAUGGCUGGCAUGGCCAGCAGCCCCAGCGAGGCAGGCUCAGCAGCCGCGUCCCGCGCCGGCACGCCGGCAACUCCAGCUCCCCUGGAGAGCGCGUCCCGUUGAGCCCGGCCACCGCCACCACCGCUGCUACCGCCGCUCUCCAAGAGACACAGACUGCACUGGGUGCAACUUCCUCAGCUACCUGACUCAUGUGACCUCCGAAACGACCUCUCUAGCUCUCACAAAUAAUCCUCACGGAUCCUCAAACUGGGCUUUAAGUGGAGUUCAGGCAAAUACCGGUCUUCUCUGUUCUCUCUUCGGUCUUUGUUUUGGCUUUUUUCAUUUUUUAGUUGAUUGGGGAAUUGUGGUUCAGGGUUUUUUUUUUGGUGU